AUGGGGUGCUGGGUGGUACAGAGGCAUGACGAGGAGGCACUGAUUGACCAGGGGAGAAGGAGCAACGGUGCCAAGAUUCACUAUGAGAAGGAGGAGUUGGAAGGCCACCGGACCCUGUACGCCGGCGUGCAGAUGCCGCUGGUGGGGCAAUGCCACCGGCAUCACCGACCCCACAAGCAGAAGCAUCGGGAACAGGAGGAGGACUGUGCCCCGACGGAGCGGGGCUACCACUGCACCCCGUCCCAGCGGGUGCAGUUCAUCCUCAGGACCAAGGAGGACGAGCAGCAUGUCCCUCACGCCUUGUUCACCGAGCUGGAUGAGAUCUGCGUGAAAGAGGGCGAAGAUGCCGAGUGGAAGGAAACGGCAAGGUGGCUGAAGUUUGAGGAGGACGUGGAAGACGGCGGCGAGCGCUGGAGCAAGCCCUAUGUGGCCACGCUGUCCUUGCACAGCCUCUUUGAGCUGAGGAGCUGCAUCAUCAAUGGCACGGUGCUGCUGGACAUUAGUGCCAACAGCAUCGAAGAGAUCGCAGAUCUGAUCCUGGGCCAGCAAGAACAGCUCACGGAGUUUGACGAGCGCACGCGGGCAAAAAUUGGAGAAGUUCUUUUGAAGAAGCACCACCAUCAGAACGAGAAGAAAAGAAACAACCUUCUCCGCUCGUUUGCUGAUGUGAGCAAGAAGGGGUCGGACCUGCACCUCCUCGACAAGCCAGCUCAAACACUUACCCCUCAUCCUUCUCCCACCACUGUGGAAGCUAAAAAUGGGGUGAACCAUGAGACCAGCACAACGGAUUUAAGCAAGGGAGCUGCAGGGUGCUGUGGGCUUUGCUUUUGGGGUAAUUGCCUGAAAAUGGCUUGUUGUGCCCAGGCGGAGCUGCACUUCAUGAAGAAAAUUCCCAGCGGGGCUGAAGCGUCCAACGUGCUCGUAGGAGAGCUGGAUUUCCUUCGCCAGCCCAUCGUGGCAUUUGUCCGCCUGACCCCGGCUGUCCUCCUCUCGGGCAUGACAGAAGUUCCCAUCCCAACAAGGUUCCUGUUUGUUUUGCUUGGACCAGAAGGAAAAGCCCAUCAGUACCAUGAGAUCGGCAGGUCCAUGGCUACUAUCAUGACGGAUGAGGUUUUCCAUGACGUCGUCUAUAAAGCCAAGAACCGGGCUGACCUCGUGGCCGGCAUCGAUGAGUUUCUGGAUCAGGUCACGGUCUUGCCGCCUGGAGAGUGGGAUCCAUCGAUCCGAAUCGAGCCCCCGAAAAACGUCCCUUCGCAGGAAAAAAGGAAGAUGCCAGGAGCUCUCGAUGACAGUGCUUCUGACAGUGAGCCGGAGAAGCACAGCGGUCCUGAACUGGAGCGGACGGGAAGGCUCUUUGGAGGUUUGAUCCUGGAUGUGAAGCGAAAAGCCCCGUGGUUCUGGAGCGACUUUCGGGAUGGUCUGAGGCUGCAGUGUCUGGCGUCCUUCCUCUUCCUCUACUGUGCCUGCAUGUCCCCUGUCAUCACCUUUGGGGGACUGCUGGGGGAGGCGACCGAUGGCCACAUAAGUGCCAUGGAGUCGCUGCUGGGCGCCUCCAUGACCGGCGUGGUGUUUUCCCUCUUUGCUGGCCAACCUCUCACCAUCCUCGGCAGCACCGGACCCGUGCUCGUCUUUGAGAAGAUCCUCUACAAAUUCUGCAAGGAGUACACGCUCUCCUAUCUCUCUCUGCGGGCAUGCAUCGGGCUGUGGACCGCCUUCUUCUGCAUCGUGCUGGUGGCCACCGACGCCAGCUCUUUGGUGUGCUACAUCACCCGCUUCACCGAAGAAGCCUUCGCCUCCCUCAUCUGCCUCAUCUUCAUCUACGAGGCUCUAGAGAAGCUGAGUCACCUGCGGGAGACCUACCCUGUGCACAUGCACAGCCAGCUCGACUUCCUCACCAUCGACUACUGUAAGUGUGAGGCACCGACGCAUCCCAGCAAUGAAACCCUGCGUUUCUGGGAGAGCAACAAGAUCAACGUGUCUGGCAUCGCCUGGGAAAACCUCACGGUGACCGAAUGUCGGUAUUUGCAUGGAGAGUUUCAAGGACCUGCCUGUGGACCCAAUGGCCCCUACACGCCUGACGUCCUCUUCUGGUGCUGCAUCCUCUUCUUCUCCACCUUUGUGCUGUCGAGCUUACUGAAGAAGUUUAAGACCAGCCGAUACUUCCCAACCAGAGUACGGUCCACAGUAAGCGACUUUGCUGUUUUCCUCACCAUCGUCGUCAUGGUGCUCAUGGACUUCAUGAUUGGGAUCCCAUCACCGAAGCUCCACGUCCCCCAUAUGUUCAAGCCUACCAGAGACGACCGCGGGUGGUUCAUCAGCCCCGUAGGACCCAACCCUUGGUGGACGGUGUUGGCUGCGCUCAUCCCAGCUCUGCUCUGCACCAUCUUGAUCUUCAUGGACCAGCAGAUCACUGCUGUUAUUGUGAACAGGAAGGAGCACAGGCUGAAGAAAGGAUGUGGGUACCACCUGGACCUUUUCAUGGUGGCCGUGAUGCUCGGGGUGUGCUCCGUGAUGGGGCUGCCCUGGUUUGUGGCUGCCACCGUCCUGUCCAUCACCCACGUGAAUAGCCUCAAAGUCGAGUCUGAGUGCGCAGCUCCAGGAGAACAACCCAAGUUUCUGGGGAUACGAGAGCAGAGAGUCACUGGCUCCAUGAUCUUUGUGCUCAUGGGCUGCUCUGUCUUCUUCACUUCUGUGUUAAAGUUUAUACCAAUGCCUGUGCUUUACGGCGUCUUUCUCUACAUGGGCGUGUCGUCGCUCGGAGAAAUUCAGUUCUUCGAUCGCUUGAAGCUGUUUUGGAUGCCGGCGAAACACCAGCCGGAUUUCAUCUACCUGCGGCACGUCCCCUUGCGAAAGGUGCACUUCUUCACCGUGAUCCAGCUGAUCUGCCUCGUCCUGCUCUGGGCCAUCAAGGUGUCCCGUGCCGCCAUCGUCUUUCCCAUGAUGGUUUUGGCUCUUGUAUUUGUCCGGAAAGCCAUGGAUUUCUGCUUCUCAAAGCGAGAGCUCAGCUUCCUGGAUGACCUUAUGCCAGAGAGCAAGAAGAAGAAGUUGGACGGUGCCAAAAACGAAGCCAAUGAAGAAGAGAGGCAUGACGAGGAGGCACUGAUUGACCAGGGGAGAAGGAGCAACGGUGCCAAGAUUCACUAUGAGAAGGAGGAGUUGGAAGGCCACCGGACCCUGUACGCCGGCGUGCAGAUGCCGCUGGUGGGGCAAUGCCACCGGCAUCACCGACCCCACAAGCAGAAGCAUCGGGAACAGGAGGAGGACUGUGCCCCGACGGAGCGGGGCUACCACUGCACCCCGUCCCAGCGGGUGCAGUUCAUCCUCAGGACCAAGAAGGACGAGCAGCAUGUCCCUCACGCCUUGUUCACCGAGCUGGAUGAGAUCUGCGUGAAAGAGGGCGAAGAUGCCGAGUGGAAGGAAACGGCAAGGUGGCUGAAGUUUGAGGAGGACGUGGAAGACGGCGGCGAGCGCUGGAGCAAGCCCUAUGCGGAGCUGCACUUCAUGAAGAAAAUUCCCAGCGGGGCUGAAGCGUCCAACGUGCUCGUAGGAGAGCUGGAUUUCCUUCGCCAGCCCAUCGUGGCAUUUGUCCGCCUGACCCCGGCUGUCCUCCUCUCGGGCAUGACGGAAGUUCCCAUCCCAACAAGGUCUGAACGAGAAGCACAAAAAGGAAAAGCCCAUCAGUACCAUGAGAUCGGCAGGUCCAUGGCUACUAUCAUGACGGAUGAGGUUGUCUCCUACGGGCAGGUUUUCCAUGACGUCGCCUAUAAAGCCAAGAACCGGGCUGACCUCGUGGCCGGCAUCGAUGAGUUUCUGGAUCAGGUCACGGUCUUGCCGCCUGGAGAGUGGGAUCCAUCGAUCCGAAUCGAGCCCCCAAAAAACGUCCCUUCGCAGGAAAAAAGGAAGAUGCCAGGAGCUCUCGAUGACAGUGCUUCUGACAGUGAGCCAGAGAAGCACAGCGGUCCUGAACUGGAGCGGACGGGAAGGCUCUUUGGAGGUUUGAUCCUGGAUGUGAAGCGAAAAGCCCCGUGGUUCUGGAGCGACUUUCGGGAUGGUCUGAGGCUGCAGUGUCUGGCGUCCUUCCUCUUCCUCUACUGUGCCUGCAUGUCCCCUGUCAUCACCUUCGGGGGACUGCUGGGGGAGGCGACCGAUGGCCACAUAAGUGCCAUGGAGUCGCUGCUGGGUGCCUCCAUGACCGGCGUGGUGUUUUCCCUCUUUGCUGGCCAACCUCUCACCAUCCUCGGCAGCACCGGACCCGUGCUCGUCUUUGAGAAGAUCCUCUACAAAUUCUGCAAGGAGUACACGCUCUCCUAUCUCUCUCUGCGGGCAUGCAUCGGGCUGUGGACCGCCUUCUUCUGCAUCGUGCUGGUGGCCACCGACGCCAGCUCUUUGGUGUGCUACAUCACCCGCUUCACUGAAGAAGCCUUCGCCUCCCUCAUCUGCCUCAUCUUCAUCUACGAGGCUCUAGAGAAGCUGAGUCACCUGCGGGAGACCUACCCUGUGCACAUGCACAGCCAGCUCGACUUCCUCACCAUCGACUACUGUAAGUGUGAGGCACCGACGCAUCCCAGCAAUGAAACCCUGCGUUUCUGGGAGAGCAACAAGAUCAACGUGUCUGGCAUCGCCUGGGAAAACCUCACGGUGACCGAAUGUCGGUAUUUGCAUGGAGAGUUUCAAGGACCUGCCUGUGGACCCAAUGGCCCCUACACGCCUGACGUCCUCUUCUGGUGCUGCAUCCUCUUCUUCUCCACCUUUGUGCUGUCGAGCUUACUGAAGAAGUUUAAGACCAGCCGAUACUUCCCAACCAGAGUACGGUCCACAGUAAGCGACUUUGCUGUUUUCCUCACCAUCGUCGUCAUGGUGCUCAUGGACUUCAUGAUUGGGAUCCCAUCACCGAAGCUCCACGUCCCCCAUAUGUUCAAGCCUACCAGAGACGACCGCGGGUGGUUCAUCAGCCCCGUAGGACCCAACCCUUGGUGGACGGUGUUGGCUGCGCUCAUCCCAGCUCUGCUCUGCACCAUCUUGAUCUUCAUGGACCAGCAGAUCACUGCUGUUAUUGUGAACAGGAAGGAGCACAGGCUGAAGAAAGGAUGUGGGUACCACCUGGACCUUUUCAUGGUGGCCGUGAUGCUCGGGGUGUGCUCCGUGAUGGGGCUGCCCUGGUUUGUGGCUGCCACCGUCCUGUCCAUCACCCACGUGAAUAGCCUCAAAGUCGAGUCUGAGUGCGCAGCUCCAGGAGAACAACCCAAGUUUCUGGGGAUACGAGAGCAGAGAGUCACUGGCUCCAUGAUCUUUGUGCUCAUGGGCUGCUCUGUCUUCUUCACUUCUGUGUUAAAGUUUAUACCAAUGCCUGUGCUUUACGGCGUCUUUCUCUACAUGGGCGUGUCGUCGCUCGGAGAAAUUCAGUUCUUCGAUCGCUUGAAGCUGUUUUGGAUGCCGGCGAAACACCAGCCGGAUUUCAUCUACCUGCGGCACGUCCCCUUGCGAAAGGUGCACUUCUUCACCGUGAUCCAGCUGAUCUGCCUCGUCCUGCUCUGGGCCAUCAAGGUGUCCCGUGCCGCCAUCGUCUUUCCCAUGAUGGUUUUGGCUCUUGUAUUUGUCCGGAAAGCCAUGGAUUUCUGCUUCUCAAAGCGAGAGCUCAGCUUCCUGGAUGACCUUAUG